AUGGCCGCCGUUAUCUUCCCUUCACCACCACCACGAGCCAAGGAGGCCGUGGAGUUUUACGAGGUUGUCUUCGGAGCCCAAACCAUUCAGCACAGCUCUCGUCCGGUGGCGGUGGGGGUGUCUGGAAAUAAGAGUCUAAUCUGGCUGAGCAGCUAUUGCAUUUUCGUGGGUUCAAACCGCAUAACCGUGAGUGACCGGUUGGAAGAUCUUCAUGUUGCGGCUGUUGCUUCUGUUCCUCAUAUCUGUCCAUCCCUUGUCACCACUGACAUUUAUGAUAUGGUUGCAAAAUCUGUGGCCAACGGAUGCGUGUUGAUGGAAUCCCUUACCCCUGACUUCAUCCAUACGAUGGAGGAGAAAGGCUCGAGGCUGAUCAUCAUGUGCAACAAGGGAGUUGUAAGAGAUGCUGCCAGCAGAAUGGUUGUGUAUAAGGAGCCAACGGACGAUCAUGAUUUGUCAGUUGCUCUGUCGCGCAUAGCUGACGGGUUAGCCCGAGAGAGACGACGGCGCUUUUGA